AUGGUGGAACGCGGCGGAGGCGGCGGCGGAGAGAACGGGGUGGCGGCCCCGCCGGUGGCGGACGGAGCAGUGCCGGUGGCCGGAGUGGAGGACCCGCGGCUGCAGGGAAUCUCCGCCGCCAUCCGAGUCGUCCCCCAUUUCCCUAAACCUGGUUUGGCCCACCCUCCUCUCUCUCUCUCUCUCUCUCUCUCUCUUUCUUUGUCUCUCUCUUCUUCCUUCCCUGGCUUCGUCCUCAUCCUCCAUCUUGCUCUGAAAUCCGUCCUCUGCAAAGGGAUCAUGUUCAACGACAUCACGACAUUACUGCUGCGGCCCAAGGUCUUCAAGGACACUGUGGACAUCCUGGUCGAGCGCUAUCGGGGCAUGGGAAUCUCCAUUGUUGCUGGUAAGAUCUCCAUCUUCGGUCGAAUCCAUUGCUUUCCAUGCUCAAAUCUCCAUGCCUAUCUCUCUCUCUCUCUCUCUCUCUCUCGCUUAUCACUCUGUAGGGAAGGGAUUUUCACUGAAAUUUUGCGUUUAACGCCUUGCUCACGAAAAAUCAAGCUCUGUUGCUUAUUUCUUUUUUCCUUUUAAAAAAUUCGGUUGGUGCCGCCAUUGAUCUGCAUGUCCGAUAUGAACGCCCUGCAUUUUCUCCGUUCAUCCUUUUCCAGCUAUCUUGAGCUCAUCUGCGGAAUUCUGAGCCUGUUUCAUUCCUUGCUGUCUCAUCUCCUGAUAGGAAUUGAGGCGAGAGGUUUCAUAUUUGGGCCUCCAGUCGCGUUAGCUCUCGGCGCAAAGUUCGUCCCUCUGAGAAAACCCAAGAAACUCCCAGGUAACGCAUUUUUCCUUCUAAUAAUAUUUUUUUUCGCACGAAAAUGGAAAUUUAUCUGAGCGUCAUUGAUGAAUGAAUGCCACUACUCUGAAAAGUCGACAUCGUCUGAGGCUGUCAGUUCCUGCGCCGUCUUGUCGCAUGUUGACCCAUUGCAGCACUUGUCCAAUCAAGUGCAGCAAUCGUAAUUAGAACGUUGACUUGUGCGGAGCGGGUAACUGUAGCCAGAGAGAAGGCAGCUGCCAGUAGUCUCUCACUACUGUCUGAGAGAGAAUGCGACCAGCUGGGUUAGCUUCACGGCAUGCUCCUUUUCAGCGUUGUAAAAUGUUGACUUCAGUGGAGCGAGCAGCUGUAGCUGGAGAGUAGGCAGCUGCUUUGGAUUCUCACUAUCUGAGAGUAGGAACAUUUGACCAGCUGCUAAUGUCAACUUCAUGCCAUGCCCAUGGAGAAACUCUGGCCCCCCUCCCGUAUACAUAGAGGAGCAGUAGAUGGAGAAUGAUUAUCAAGCGAAGCGAAAGAACGACAAAAGAAAAUGUUCUUCAAUUUCCUGUUUUUCUUAAUCUGUGUAUGUUGCUUUUAUGAUGCUGAUGAACUGAGGUCGUUGACUUUGGGUUCUUUCUUUUUUUUUUUGGGGUCUGUAACUUAUCUGAAAACACAGGCCAAGUAAUCUCAGAGAACUAUGUGCUCGAGUACGGUACUGAUUGUCUGGAGAUGCACGUCGGAGCUGUUCAACCUGGAGAGCACGCCUUGAUCAUCGACGAUUUAGUUGCCACCGGGGGGACACUUUGCGCAGCAAUCAGGCUUUUGGGUACUCAAUCCCACGAUCGAUUCUUCAUGUUCAUCGAUUGAUCUCCUGUCUUGUUUAUCGUUCUUUCGUAUUAUUUACUAUAUAAGGAUAUUUUUCCUCAUUCUGGGCAUACAUAUACACACUCAUGCUGUGGAUCACAGAAGAAGUCAACGACUUGUUGACCAUUCCGUGUUUCUUACUAUCAAGCAGAGCGAAGGGCUGGUGUUUCAUGUCACUCGGCUCCUUGUUUAGCCACAUUUGAUAAGCUGGCAUCAUCUUUUCAUGUCAUGUCUGACCUCACAGGGUUCAGCGGCUUCAGAGAAACAAAGAGAAGCGUGCAUCAAGAAACGCCAUGUACAUUAAGUUAUAGGUUCAUUAAUCCUGCUUUCCAACCACUGCAGAUCACCUUGGAAAGCUUCAUAUAAUAAUGAGUGGUUCUUUGUUACAUGUUUCAUAUGCAAGUCCCAUGGGCUCGUAUUUUCUUUUAUUGAUUGUAAGUUUCUCAUCAAGAGGUGUUAAUAUUUAUGCUUGAUGUUGCUGUUUUGAUUUUAUUCUUGAUCCUUCAUCAUAGAACGUGCUGGAGCUGAGGUUGACGAGUGUGCCUGCAUAAUUGGGCUGCCCAAAUUCAAGGUAUGGGCUUUAAUCGCAGCUGUCGAAGCACCUUCAGAACCUCUCCGAUUCCCACAUUUUCUGCUCUACUGUUCGUGUUCAGAUGUUGCAUUGGUUGUAAUCCUUUCUGGGAAUGCAUGAAUUAUUCUCCUGAAGUUUAAACUUCGCUUAAAAAUCAUAGAACCGAUCAUAGUGGUCAGAUAGAACAGCAGCUGCCCAUGCCUUCCCAGAAUAGUAUAAUGGUUCAUGUCAAUAAUUGUGAAUGUCUUCUCAACUGCUUUAUUCCUAUUAUGGGUCUUUGUCAAGGAAUCAACCUUCUCUCCUCUUUGUUUUUUUUUUUUUUUUUUUUUGUUUUUUGCUGAGGGUAUCCGUUGAUGUUCAUGGGAAAUUAGUGGUGACAAAGCAUAUUAACCUCUUGCACCUGUUGGUAAUGAUGGGCGCUUUUCUUUUUCAGGGUCGCUGUAAGUUGAAUGGGAAGCCAGUGUACAUUCUUGUUGAAUGCCGUCAGUAG